AGGUGUAACCCUGCAGGAGUUCCACAUCUCCUGGUGAUUGUCCAGCGUUUUGUCUUCAUUACCUUCAGCACCAGGAACUUUCUCUUCUUGACCAUGGACGACUUUGUUCGUGACAAACUAACUGAAUGGGGUCUAAGUAACUAUAUAGAAAAGUUUCAAGAUGGAGAAAUUGAUGAAAAAAGUCUCUAUUGUCUUGAACAUGAAGAAAUUAAGGAACUCAUCCCAGAGCAGGGACCGAGAUCAGUGUUUAAGCAUCAUCUCAAGGAGUUAAAGGUUUGUCAGCCCGCCAAUGAUAAAGUGAAACAACGAAAACGUAAGUGGGAUCUUCAAGGCGAGGGCAGUAAAGGGCGCGUACCAAGCAAACGCCAGCGUGAAUCUCUGGGACCAGCAGAGACAGCAAUAAAGUCCGAAGUGAAAAGUAAAAUGGAGAGUGUUGAUGCAAGGAUAGCAGCUCAAAAGGGCAUAAAGUUAAAAGAUUUCCUUCAGACUAAAAUCAAGGGUUUGGAGACAGACAAGAGGGAGCUGGUUGGGGUCUUUGGGAGAACUGGAGCUGGAAAGAGUUCGUUGAUCAACGCUGUCAUUGGAGAGGAUCUUCUGCCCUCUGGAGAAUUCAGAGCAUGUACAACAGUCAUGAUCAAAGUGGAGGCUAGCACGGAUGGCAAAGACGAGUUUAGGGCAGAGAUUGAGUUAAUUAAAAAAGAGGACAGGGAAAAUGAGUUUUGGGCCCUUCAGCAGCAUAUUACAAAAAAUGCAGAGGAUGACACAAAAGAUGAAGAUGAUGACAUCAUUGAAAAGUUCUCAGCAGUGUAUGGAAAAAAUUGGAGAGGAAUACUAGUUGAGAAGCCAAUGGACUCAAGACACUUCAGAAAAAUUCCUGAAUUUCUCAAAUCCGAGAACAAGAUUCUGACAUCUGGAUCAGCUGAAGGGCUAUCUGAACAGCUUGUGAAAUACACAAGAAAUGACUCGAUUCAAGAGGAAGAUCCAGAUGUAAAGAGGGCUUACUGGCCUCUUGUGAAAUGUGUGACCAUCAGGGUGCCAAACAAUCAUUUCCUCCAACAUGUCACACUCGUGGACCUUCCUGGAAAUGGAGACCGUAACAAGAGCAGAGAUGAAAUGUGGAGAAAGAUUGUUGGAAACUGUUCAACGGUGUGGAUUGUGACUGAAAUUGUCCGUGCUGCAUCAGAAAAAGAAACCUGGGAGAUGCUGGAAGAAGUCUGCAGCCUAAUUGGAAACGGUGGGGAAUGUCGACAUAUUUGCUUUAUCUGCACAAAGUCUGAUCUGGUCAACCAUAGACACACCCCAGAAAGCAAAAAGGUCCGCAUUGAUUACGGCCACUUCCGCCCUACCGUCGUUUACCAGUCAGACCAGCUGAACGCACACGCAACGCAUCGGUCCUCUAUUGGUCGCCACUUUGCGCUGCAGCAGAUUCGGGGUCUGUCUGUCUAA